UUCAUCACUCCCUGAGCCGCCUCAGACGCCCUGCGCCGCAUACGAGUAUUGCCCUCAACAGCCUCACAAAUCCAGUCUGAUUGUGUGCGAUCCCCUGUGCCGUCUUAUUCUUGUUCAACUAUAUAUUGCGUCUUCGUCGCCUUUGUCCACAGCUUCCGCGCCUACCUCUGUUUGCGCAACUUGUGCACCCUCCGCCGCUCUGAGUCUCAGGCAGUAUCGCGUCUAAGCCACAGCCUCGUUUACGUCGCCUCUUCCAACAUGUCGGAUCAUGAGUUUGGAGGAAGCAACGACGACUUAUCGCUGCCCAAAGCCACUGUCCAGAAGAUUGUCAGCGAAAUAUUGCCUCCGCAAACGGGUGUCUCCUUCGCAAAGGAGGCCCGUGACCUGCUCAUAGAAUGCUGUGUUGAGUUCAUCACCCUCAUCUCUUCCGAGGCCAAUGAGAUCUCAGAGAAGGAGGCCAAGAAGACGAUUGCGUGUGAUCACAUUACAAAGGCACUAGAACGGCUUGGGUUUUCUGAUUACGUGCCUGCUGUUCUAGAAGCCGCAGCCGAACACAAAGAAGUUCAAAAGGGGCGAGAGAAGAAAGCAGACAAAUUUGCCAAUAGUGGCAUGUCUAUGGAAGAGCUCGCUAGAUUGCAGGAAGAGCAGUUUGCCGCGGCCAGGCAGCGCCACACAUGAUGGGAUUUUGCUAUGGUGAUAUCUUGAGAGAAGGCGUCAAGGUGGGCAUUGCUAGGCGUUUUUUGUUAUAAACGGUGAUGAGGGUCGGUAGACAGGUCAGGACUCUGAUUUGGGCCUUCGUUUCCAGGAGUUGGGUUCGUCAAUACUAUUCUUUUUCUGCUC